ACACAGUUGUCUCUUAAUAUUUAAGCGUUCAAUGGGUUGUUCUAUUCGUGUUCUGCAACUGUUAUUACUAUCAGUUCAGUACUUAUGUUACUUUGUACGUCCUUUAUUUUCUCGUUUAUGUUGAACAUUUACAUUGUAUUCGUACUGUUCUGUGGAUUGACCAGAUAACUGGCAGUUAUUUUACUAGUGCCAAGUUCAACAUAAUUUAUUCGUGGACUAUAUUCGAAAAUCGCGACUGAGUAUUCAGCAUGGAAUCAAAUUUACGAUUAUUUAGUAAAAAAGAUAAAAUUGAUAUUAAAAUCUGGCCGGUAUUCCAUUUUCUAAGCAGAGAAGAUGUUGGAAAUAUUCAUGUUGCGGUAGUUUAUGGUGACGAAGGGCAGUACGCAUUAUAUGUGACUACAAAAGACGAAGUAUUUGCCAUCGGCAAUGAUCGUUUUAGAUUGUUUGGUAUUGGGAAUUCACACUGGAAAUAUGAUUUUAAACCUCAAAAAGUGGAACAAUUGUGUGGAAAAAAAAUAAAAUUUAAGCAUGCAAUGCAAAAGUAGGUAAAUCGUUACAUUGAUUCAGUUCUUACUUUAUAGCAUUUUCAAAUUUAGAUUUUAGUUACGGAGAUGAGCAUAUUAUGGCUCUUACGGAAGAAGGAAUUGUUUACAAUUGGGGCCGUAAUUAUUUAGGUCAAUUGGGUACCAAGACCACUGAAAACAUUGUUGGUCCUUCGAUUGUUGGAAAUUUAUUCAAUAGGAAAGUUAUCGAGAUUGCCUGUAGUUCUUCCUAUAAUGUCGUACUGUGUGAUAACCAUCAAAUUUACGAAUGGGGUAAGCGAUCAAGAAAUGACAGUCGGCCGCAUCCGAAUGUAGAAUCAUUGGUGGAAGGAAAAUUGAAAGGAAAAGAGGUCAUUUCGGUAGCCUGUUCAUUGGACGCUUCAUUUGCUUUAACAAGCAAUGGCUGUGUCUAUUCUUGGGGCGCAAACUGGUGUGGAAUAUUGGGGAGAAACCACAGUGAAAACGGCAACGUGGACAAUAACGAUCCUUCAGAAGUACAAAAUUUAACCGGAGUUUUCAUCAAGAAAAUUGUUACGGGACGUGAUCAUGUUCUAGUUUUGAGUCACGAUGGUAUGGUCUAUUCAUGGGGAAGCAAUGAAUGUGGGCACUUGGGUCAUGGUAUACUAGAUGAUGGGUAUUUUACUAGCAUUCCUAAAGAUGUGAAAUUUUUGAGAGAUGAUGGUAGAAUUAGUACCAAAAAAGUGAUCGACAUCGCCGCAGUUCCCGUGUGUUCUACGUCAGUUGCGAUGGAUGAGAAUUGCCAAAUAUUCAUGUGGGGUGAUUGUAAAGGCAUGUGUGAGAUGUGAUGAGUAUACUGAUAGAUACGCGCAUAAUGG